UACUUCUUUUCUCUAUAAAGACAUGAACAAGUAGACUUGAACCUUGUUCUUCUCUUCAAUAUUCCAUUUCUCUUACUUUCCUUUUAUCAUCAUCUUCUUCUUCUUCUUCUUUCUCUUGUGAGUCAUCUACUUCUUCAUUCACUGGUCGGAAGAUGGCCGGAGGGUUUGCGGUGUCGGCCGGCUCCGGCACACAGUUUGAAGCCAAGAUCACUCCCAUAGUGAUCAUGUCCUGCAUCAUGGCUGCAACUGGAGGUUUGAUGUUUGGCUAUGACGUUGGUAUUUCUGGUGGCGUUACAUCAAUGGAUGAUUUUCUCCGAAAAUUUUUCCCCAAAGUAUACCGGAAAAAACAAGAAAAAGGCCUGGAGAGCAACUACUGCAAAUAUGACAAUCAAGACCUACAACUAUUCACAUCAUCGUUAUACUUAGCCGGACUAACAGCCACAUUCUUCGCAUCCUACACGACUAGACGGCUCGGCCGCCGGCUAACAAUGCUCAUCGCCGGAGCAUUCUUUAUCGCCGGAGUUAUUUUCAAUGGUGCAGCCCAAGACCUCGGCAUGCUCAUAGUUGGUCGAAUUCUACUUGGUUGUGGUGUUGGCUUUGCUAAUCAGGCUGUCCCUCUGUUCCUAUCAGAGAUUGCUCCAACAAGAAUCCGUGGAGGUCUCAACAUCUUGUUUCAGCUCAAUGUCACUAUUGGCAUUCUGUUUGCCAACCUCAUCAACUAUGGAACCAGCAAAAUACACCCAUGGGGAUGGAGACUAUCAUUAGCACUUGCCGGAAUCCCAGCUAUUCUUUUGACAAUUGGUUCACUGGUGGUGGUCGACACGCCGAACAGUCUAAUCGAGCGGGGCAAGCUCGAAGAAGGCAAGGCCGUGCUCAAGCGCAUUCGCGGGACGGACAAUGUCGAGCCUGAGUUCAAUGAGAUCCUCGAGGCCAGCCGCAUUGCCCAACAGGUCAAGCAUCCUUUCCGUAACCUUCUCAAGCGACGCAAUCGCCCCCAACUCAUUAUCGCCAUCCUUCUUCAGAUCUUCCAGCAAUUCACUGGUAUCAAUGCUAUCAUGUUCUACGCACCUGUGUUGUUCAACACGCUGGGAUUCAAAAAUGAUGCGUCAUUGUACUCGGCUGUGAUCACUGGAGCCGUGAAUGUGCUAUCGACCGUUGUGUCCAUCUAUUGCGUGGACAGAGUAGGCAGGCGUGCGCUGCUGUUAGAGGCUGGUGUGCAAAUGUUCCUUUCUCAGGUGAUCAUUGCCGUAAUCCUCGGCAUCAAAGUGACUGAUCAUUCAGACAACUUGAGCCAUGGCUACGCCAUUCUGGUCGUGGUCAUGGUCUGCGUCUUUGUGUCAUCCUUCGCGUGGUCAUGGGGGCCUCUUGGAUGGCUCAUUCCCAGUGAGACAUUCCCGCUAGAGGUACGAUCGGCCGGGCAAAGUGUGACUGUAUGUGUGAACCUCCUCUUCACCUUUGUCAUUGCUCAGGCAUUCCUCUCUAUGCUCUGUCACUUUAAGUACGGCAUCUUCAUCUUCUUUGCUGCUUGGGUGGUAAUCAUGUCCAUCUUUGUCCUCUUCUUCCUCCCCGAGACCAAGAAUAUUCCGAUUGAGGAGAUGACUGAAAGAGUCUGGAAGAAGCACUGGUUCUGGAAGCGCUACGUUGAUGAUGAUGAUGAUGAUGAUGAUAUUGAUUACAAUGAGCCUAAGAAGAACUACAGCAAUGGCGCUACUGAGCUGCAGCCUUAAUUUGUUCUGCUUAUAGUUAUAGUUGUAUCAUUCUAUCUCAGAUGAGCAUGGCAUCUGCCCCUCACAGUCCCAUAGUAAUAUAGAUAUGCUCUUUGUUUUGACGGUACUGAAAAUUAUUAACAAAGGAAAACCAACUUAUAUUAA